AUGACCUCCCCGGCUGAUGACGAUCCUCUGCAACAACAAGAUGGCGAGUCCAAUUCCUCUGUCGAUGUACGGAAAGCGAGAUCGCCUACAAGAUCAGAAGCUCCGAAUGCAUCUACACAUAGCCUUCCCCUCCGAGCUGCGAGUCCAUCCCUCGCUUCUAGAACCACCACAUUUGCAAGCACUCUCUCUCGAUCAUCCUCUCCCAAUGGCAGACUAUCAAUGUCCCUUUCCCGCUUCGGCCGCACUUCGAUAGGUAGUCCGUUAGCGAAUCCUUCCGAAAAUUACGACGAGAUUCGUACUUUGAUCGUUCGCGCCUUUUCCCCUUUGGUCGCAAUCUGCGCGGCGGAUGAGGCAGAUGUGCUUGCCCGUAGUAAAGGCAUAAAGAACGACUUUGCCACUCUCGUUCGUCCAUACGGAGAACGAAUCACCGGUAAAGUGGUGGUUAGGGACAGCGUUGGCGCAUCUAGAGCGUGGGAUGAUUUUGGCGUUCAUAUCGCCGAGUUGGGAAAGCUUACUCGAGAUGCCGCCUCUCCGCCGACUACCAACGAGCUGGAUCGGCUGGAAGAGCUCAUGGAGCAGGCCGUUGAACAUCAAAAUGCGCCAGAAGACGAUCCCGUAGGCGCCUCGGCAUUCUAUCGAUACUAUCUGAGCCGCGUAUUGCAGGGACACCCUAUAAGCCCGCACGAAGCAUUCCUGCAUCCCGUGUGCGCAGUCAUCGUAAUUACAUCUGCUACACCACAACCGAUCGAUACAUUGCGUAAUUUGUAUCAGCAGACAGCCCAAGGCUCAAGAACGUUGCCGCCAUAUGCUAACCCGGAGUAUUUGAGAUACUACGUCCUAGUCCAUGAUGAGGACCGCGACGAUUUCUCCAAGACCUCUGCCUUGUUUGACCAGAUGAAGAGGCAUUUUGGGUUGCAUUGCCACCUUCUCAGGCUCCGGUCUGGCACGCCCACCGAUACUGACGAGGUGGAGCCACUGCCCAGUUGCGAAUGGCUGGCACCUUCGGAUGAACUAUCACAACAGUCGCAGAACACCGACUUGGGCGACGUUGAUGAGUCUCACGAAACCUUGAUCUUCUCAGCCGACGCGGCCGCUAUUCGAGCUUGUCUUCGGGAGCUUGUUGCUCAGUCCGUAAUUCCACACAUGGAGCAGCGUAUAGCCCUAUGGAACGAGCAGGUCGCUUCUCGCAGAAAGGGUAUUUCUGGUCGAUUCAUGUCCAUCUCACGUCGGUGGGGAGGCUUCGGUGGUUCGGGUCGAAACUCUGCAACCACUGGACUGACAGGUUCGGGAUCAACUGGCAACUAUGAUGCUGCGCUGGGCUACUACCGACAAGAUACUCCGGAAGCGAUUCUGGCCAAACUUGCAGCCUUUGCAUUCAUGCUGAGGGACUACAAGCUUGCUGCAUCUACCAUGGAGCUUGUCCGAUCCGACUACAAUAAUGACAAGGCUUGGAAGUAUGCAGCUGGUGCCAAUGAAAUUUGCUGCGUGGCUAGCUUGCUCAAUCCAUUGACCGGUACAGCCAGCGCGAAGUUCAAGCUAGACACGUUCGAUCAAAUGCUGGACAUGUCUCUGCAUUCAUAUGCCACUCGCAGCCGAGAUUAUAUGCUCGCACUGCGAGCCAUGCUACUCGGUCUCGAACUCCUCAAGGUCCGCGGGAAAGCAGCAGCUGAGAUAGCUGCCAAGUACGGCAUCAAAGCCAUCGAACUAGGUUUGGUGACCCCAGGCAGUAUCGGCCAUGUACUCCUCAGUGAGCGAAUCGCAAGUUGCUUUGGUGGCCAAAUUGGCGCGGGCGGUACUACAAGUCUGGGCACUAGAAGGCGCAAGGCGGCUCUCUGGAACGUGGUGGCUGCUGAUGAAUGGAUGAAGCUCGGAAUGGCGGCAUAUGCCAACGAGCGGCUUGACGAAGCGCGCGAGCUGUACGCUGACACCAAGUACGGCGACUCGAUAGCUCAUUUCACAGAGCUCGAUGGAUUUAUGCAACAGCUGCAAUUCACCAUUCGAAUAAAGUUGGGGCAAGGAAAGAGGAAUAGAGGCCUAAGCGGUGCCAGCGAAGUAAUGCAACAGGAGGUUGAUGAUGAGACAGUAGAAGAUAUGGGUGCGCACGACCUGGAAAACAAGGGCCAUAGAAGGAAUCUGUCGCUGGUGACCACGGGUGCAGUCAUGGAGGCAGGAGCACCUAAGAGUCCGGUGAGGCUCAGGUCAGAUCCGCUGACUGCUGCGGAGGACGACUUUGAAUGA